AUGGCCCGGAUCAAUCGCUGGUGCUAUGUCGGGGUGCCCGCCGUUUCGUUGGCCGUCAUCCUAUUGUCUCUCUUGAACACACCUAGCUGGACCGGCAUUCUUCCAAUAGAGGGAGACCGCUGGUCCUCCGGCCCAGCAGCAGACGAGCCAGACCGGCUGUAUGGACAGAGUGACCUCAAUUGCAAAGACUUUCCACAUCAUCGACUGGCCGAUAUUCAAGUCGUUCUGAGACUCGGAUCGACGCAGCCCCUCGACCAAGUACUGUCGCACAUCAACAAUGUCACCAACUGUAUUUCGAAUCUCAUAAUCGUUUCGGACAAGGAGGAACAACUUGGCGAUACACCUCAUCGGACCCACGACAUAAUUACCGAUUUACCAGAAGUGUACUGGCACGACGAAAACCCCGAUCUGCAGGCUCAUGGAAGAAUCAACAAUCCCGACAGCCAAAAUGAGCCUGUUACGGGUAGAGAUGGAUGGUUACUAGAUCGAUUCAAGUUCCUGCCCAUGGUGGAGUACGCAUUUAUGCAGAAUGAGAGAGCAAAGUGGUUUUAUUUUGUCGAGGCCGAUACGUACAUCGUUUGGGACACGCUUUUCAGACUGCUGGAUCGGUAUGAUGCGAGGAAAGAAUGGUACAUGGGCUCUCCAUCGCCCGGCCGGAAGAUGGAGGAUGACAAGAAAACGUACUUUGCAUACGGCGGAGCGGGCAUUCUACUCAGUAGGCCAGCGAUCGAAAAGCUCGUACAUAGGGAAAGCAGCCGCACACAUGGGGAGUUCACCGAGCCAUCGAUUGCGGAGAGAUGGGCACAACUAGUGAAAGAUGACUGCUGUGGUGAUUCGGUGCUAGGGUUUGCGCUCGCUAACAAAGGCAUUUUCCUGUCCGGCUUGUACCCCAUAUUCAAUCCACAUCCACUGCAUGGCAUUCCUUUCGGACCAGGUGCAAAGAUGUACUGGUGUCAGCCUGUGUUGAGUCUGCACAAGACCUCGCCGAACGAUAUACCGAUGCUGUCAGGGUUUCUUCAUCGGCGGCCGAAAGAUUUGCCUUGGCUUUAUGCCGACGUCCUUGAUUAUCUCCACAUUGGAGACACGAUGGAAAAACGCCAACAUUGGCAAAAUUCAGAUUGGAACGGUUUUGAUGAAGAGCCCGAGUCGCCAGUUCAUAAAAGCGUUGAAGCCUGUGCUGCGGGAUGUCACACUCAUGGCGAGUGCUAUCAAUGGACAUACUAUUCCAAGGAGUCAUGGGGGGAGGAGCCGUCGGAAAACAAAUGUACAUUCGUUCGUUCCAUUCGAUUAGGAACCCCGAAAGAGCCCGAAACGAGCCCGACGACACGAUUGACUUGGACCAGUGGAUGGGACACAGUCAGGAUCAAAAAGUGGGUGAACGAGAUGGAAUGUGCAGACCCGGAGUGGGUUGAACCUAGUAUCCAAAGAAUUUACUGA